CGGAUCUUAAACCGGAAAAUCCUUUCUCCACCGUGUUUUGCUUCGCUCCACGCUCAGACCUUGGUUGAGUUCUUUCCAUUUGUUUCUCUCGUGUAUCGUGCUGUGCUUUAUUCUCUGCCUCUCUCAAUCGUUCUACUUCGCUUCGCUCUCUCACUCUCUCUGUUUGAUUCUUCUCCCUGAUUUCGCUCUAAAUAGCUGAAUCUAGCUUCUCUCAAUAUCUAAGGAUAUAGAAUCUGAACCUGAAGAAGGAGUUAAUCGUUUUGCAGCAGCAGUAUAAUUGUAGUGAGUGAGAUGGAUCAUUAUGGUUCUUCUGGAGGAAGCUGGACGAUGAUCCCAACCCACAAUUCAAGUAUUCAAUCCCAAUCCCAAUCGAACCAGGACCCUAACCUCUUUCUUCAACAACAACAACAACAGUUUCUCCAGUCACAACCUUUUCAGCAAGCACUACCACCCCAAUCUCCAUUUCAACAGCACCACCACCUUUAUCAGCAGCAGCAACAACAACAACAACAGCAGCAGCAGCAGCGUCUUCUACCGCAACCGCAACAGCAACAGCAACAGCAGCAACAACAACAACAGCCGCAGAACCUUCACCAGUCACUGGCCUCUCACUACCAUCUUUUACAUUUGGUGGAGAAUUUGGCUGAGGUUAUCGAACAUGGAACCCCGGAUCAGCAGUCAGAUGCAUUGAUCAAUGAAUUGAGCAACCACUUUGAGAAGUGCCAGCAGCUGUUAAACUCAAUCUCUGACUCCAUUAGCACCAAGGCUAUGACAGUUGAGGGACAGAAGAAGAAGCUAGAGGAAAGUGAGCAAUUGUUAAAUCAGCGAAGAGACUUGAUUGCCAAUUACAGAAAAUCUGUGGAGGAUCUUGUUAGGUCUGAGCCAUAAGAGAAUGUCGUGCAUUCAGAUAGAUGUCACUGUAGACGUUUGCUUUGAAUUUCUCCCUUCUCAGAACAUCUUGGGAUUAUUAUGUACAACUACCUUGGAGAUUUAUGCCUUGAAUUUAUAAUUCAAUAGAUAUUCUGCAAGUUACUGGCCAUGUUUUGGCUCCUAUCAAGGUUUCUAUAUCCAUGAAACAAGGUCAAAGUAGGUUUAAAUCAACUGCACAUCUUUACUGUUCUCUUCUGUUGCCUCUAUUAGAGAGGCAGGACAUUAAAUUAAAGAGCAUACUCUGGCAAUUUGGAGGAAUGUAAUGUUUCCGAUAGCUUAUGUAAAAAUGGUUGGCCCCCUGCAUUGUAUUUGGGUCAUUUAUCUAUCAUGUGUUGAGUCAAAGUUUGGUGAUAUUGAAUGCAUAAUGUCAUUCAUUACACUAACCCAAAUUGUUUAAAGAACAUUGAAUGUUGUCUCUAGACCCAAAAGAAUGAAAAGUGAAAGAUAAAAUGCUGCUGUCGCAACUGUUUUAA